AUGUUUGAUGAAUCAAGUCAUGGAACCGAUAUUUAUCAAUUAGUAUUUAGCCUUUCAAAAUUAAAAUAUUAUAAAUUUGUUCCGAAUAAAACAAAUUUAUUCGUCUCAUUACCAACUCUGGCCAAUGAACAAAGUCCACUAGAAUAUCUUCUGAUCGAUCAUUAUUGUACAUUCCAAGAACUUGCUGGAAUUGCUUAUUGUACACCACAACUUCGUUAUUUGAAAUUUAGCUAUGAUUUUAAUAGUAUUGAAAAUAAAUCAUGGAUUCCAUCGAUUCGAUUAGAAACUUUAAUUUAUCUUUCUUUACAUAUGGACACUGUUGAUUUUGUGAAUUCUAAACGAUUUAUUAGAACAAUAAAUUGCAAAUUAAAGAAAUUAUCGAUUAUUACUCAAUCUGAAGAUAUCACUUAUCUUCAUGCUUCUCGAUGGGAACAGUUAAUUCGAGAUUAUUUUCCUCAAUUAAAUAAAUUUGAUUUGACAUAUUAUAAUAAAAUUAACAAUGACAAUCAUCAAUAA